UGUUUCCCAGUUUAAGUACCGGCGACAUUAACGUGCACGGAUCAGCAGAAGCAGCGCUUCAGUUGUCCACGGACAACUUCACAGCAGCUACCAUGCUACUGAUUCAUCUGCAAGCCGCGGUGAUACUUGGGUUUAUUAUUCCUCAGAUUUUCAGCCUGAGCAAUUCAUCUCCACCCUCUGAGUGUUUGGCUGCUUUGGACACCUGCAUGUCAAAUCUAUGCAAGAGGGAAGAAGAGGCACUUUACGACGAUGUCUGCGAGGAUGAAGGGUGCCCGAUGAAAGGCUUAGAGGUCUGUAACUUGACCGUCCAGGCUGCACUAGACCGAUUUCCCUCUCUGCACGGCUGUGUGUGUGCCUGGGAGGAGGAGCUUUGUGACUCUAUACAAGCGCUGGCCACACAAUGCCAGCACAAGCCAGCAGCUCAGCAGAGGAAAAGCUCAGUGAUGGACUGGCAGUCAAGCAGUUUAAUAGACUAUGUAUACGACAAUUCUGCAUCCUGUCUGGCCCAAAUAACCGUUUGCGUCAGUGAUACAGUUUGUAACAGGUACCUAGCACCUGUGCUUCAGGCAUGCAUGGCACAAUGCGACCGGGACCGCUGUCAGCUAGUGACUCAGCAGUUCUACGCCGACAUGCCCCACAACGUUGCAGAGAUGCUGGUCAUGUGCAAGUGUGACCCUUCAGAUCACGCCUGUUGGGAAAUGACAAGUGCUCUGCACAGUGGUACAUGUGGAGCCCAGACCAGGAUCUGCCAGGAUACUGUAAACCAGUGUGUCCAGGACACUGGCUGCAGAGAGCUAUUAAAGUCCUUUCGAGAGAAAUGCUGGGGCCCCGAAGACGGCCAAUGCAGGGACAGUGACCUCCAGACUGAUGAGUGUAUCACCCGGAUGGAUCCAGCUCGCAUCCAUGGUGCGGACGCCGAAUGUAAAAUUGCCUUCCUGAAAACGUUGGGCACUUCUCUGCACUAUCCUUGCGCAUGCAAAGGAAUGCGCCACGACGAUCUACUGUCAUGCAACACGGUUCAUGAUGUGCUGCACAAUAGAUCACACUUCAUGACACCUUUGAAAAGCGUCAGUGGUCCUACUAAACCUCAUGAAAUCAAUGAAUCUGAGCAAGAUCCCUCAUGGCCACACGAUUAUGUUCUGUAUGCUUUUGCAACUGUGCUCCUUGUCGGCGUUGCUGUAUUGAUCCCUCUGGCUGUUGCCAGUAAAAUAUGGAUGUUGACAAAAAAAGAAAAAACUAAAUAUCAGCCUCACCAGAAAAGUAACUGUGUUCUUGGUCUCUAAUACUCGUUGAUCUGUUAAUUAAUAAAUUCAAUAUCAUACACAGAUACUUCAUUAUGGUGGCAUUGUGAGACAUAACAAGUGGUCUUUGUAACCCAAUGGAAUGUUGAAAGGAGGCCUAAUCAGUGAAAAUUCAGCUAAAAGUACAUCUAUUUAAAGGAAUUGUUAAAAAUCGAAUAUGUAACAGUUAUUGAUGUUAUACGUUUCAAUUUCAUCAGUACUUUUUGUCAUGAGUUAUUCCCGCUCUGGCCUUCAUGAUGCACUACUGCAAUCACAGCACACACAAAUAAUAGAAAAUGAGUUGUCCCUUUAACAGGCUGUUAAAUAAAAAAAACGUACGUUUACCAUAAUAGCCGUAAGUUUGUAAGAAUAUUAAUCAAUGUAGAACAUGAGCUUUUGCUAAUUCUGCUUAAGAAAUGUUUUCAUCAUCCAUAUUCGUGGAGACAGUUAUAUGGUCUGUUAGUUAAUUAUUAGACUCCCGAGGUACAUAAGAAACUCUGGCUGUCACCAGCUUAACAUUUAGAAAUCUGCUCUUCCUGUGCUUUUCUUCUCUAAGACAUCAACUUGCAUAAUGACAAUGUUUUGUGCAACUAUCCAAACAAAGAAAAGAAAGGACCGAAUCGGAGGGUUACAUUAUAGUAAUGAACGGCGUCAGACAUUAAACUACCUUUUAUGAUGAUUAUCACCAUCACUGUGUGCUACUACGCUCAGCAUAUCUUAGAGAAGUGAGGUGAAGCAGGACCGGAUCCAACGUUACGGACGGUUUAGAUUCAAUGCCUCGUCUGACCAACAUGUCUGGACUUUGAGAGGAAGCUUCACCCGAAGAAACCCAAGGGAGAGAUUAUGAGUGUAACACAACCGCAUGCCGAGGCCAGAACAUUCCUGCUGUUUGGCAGCAGUGCUGAGCACAGAGUCAACCAAAACCUCCUAUACAUAGGAGACAAAGAGAUGGAUGGACAUUAAAGGGGGCCGGGUAGAGUUUUCUCUUCUUAUGUCCUGCCUUAAACCUGUGUGUGAAAGCAGAAAGUGAAACUAUUUUAAUCUCAUGGCCUUUGGCUGCAAGGCAGAAAUAAACAGAUCGUGUUUGGUCCCAAAGUAAAUCAAAGUGCUACACUUGCCGAGUUAAGAAAUGAUCAAUUGAGAGGUUUUAUGGAUGAGAAUGACACAAUAAACAUAGCUUUAGUCUUGUUAAAGAUGUUGCAAAUACUGCUUUGAAUGUUAGGUUAACACAGGUGUCAGUCACAUUCAGCCUCAUGUACGUUGUUAAGUUGCACAUCUUGGAUGCCGAAGCUAAAAAUUGUACAUUUGAUUUUUUGAAAGCCCUUCGCUUUUUUAUUAUCUUUAACCAUUGCAUCAAACGAACUUGCCAGCAGAAAGGAACCUUUGAGAAAAGUUGAUUUUUAAUCUGGUGGUUUUUAAUUGGACUUUGAUCCAUUAAAGAAGCCAGAAAGAAAAACAAGGGAUAAACUAAAUAUUAUUGGCCUGGACAGACACCCACAUCCAUUAUUUUUUCUUUAUUUGGAUCGUCUUAAUCCUCCAGCAGAUGCUUACAUGAAAAGACAAUUACCUGAUAAUCAGAAACAUACAGCAUUGCUUUUUUGCCACCAUACUACAAUACUGUCCCAUUCCAUUUCAAUAUUCAUAUUUCAUUAUAUGUCACAGGAUAUAAAAUCACAUUCAAUACUCACACAAAGGAUCCUCUUAUAGUAUCACUUAUGUCACGGUAAAAGCUUUUUUAGUGUCAAGAAACGAUAACCGGGCACUUUUUAAACAAUCUUUGGCAAACCUGAGGGCAAACACUGUUCUGAGACGGCUUUUAUAUUGUUAUUUUAAGGUACUUAAGAGGUCUAGUUUCUGGUUAUUAUUCAUACGUGAUCUGACUCCAGCAAGAGCAUCUCAAAAGGUAUUUCAGAGAAGUAAAGUGCGAAAAGAGAAGUUCAUGUUUUCUUUUUGCUGUUUGUUAUUCUAUUUAUUAACAUCCACGUUAGUAAUAAACUAACAGUCCAGCUGGUUUUCAAAACAGACUAAAUUCUUAUUCUUUGACUUUAUAAGGUCGCUUACCUUUACAAAGUAAUGAAAGUAACUCACAUUUACUGGAUUUACUGUAUUUGUCUAUCAAUGUGAUAAAGAAGUGAAUAAUUAAGCUUUUAAAAGGCUAUUACGUAUUUUAAGUAUGUGGACAUUCAUCACAAAUUAAUAACCCCCUUUAUUGUCAGCUAUUGUAAUAUUUAUCCAUUCAGAGCAAAACAAUGGCCCAAAACAAGAUUUUUCUGUUGAUCAUAAUGGGGUCUUUGUGUCAUUCAGCCUUCAAGUAACACUCAAUUUGCGGAUAUGAAAAUGGAACUGAACUGAAGAAUGUCCUGAACAUCCUUUGGUCUUUCUGGAGAUUACUCGGAUGGAGACGCCUCUGACACUUUUGCGAGGAGAAAUGUACUUCGACAACAAAAAGCAAAGGCAGCAUCUGAAGGCAGCAACAACAAGGGAAGCGGUUCCCAGGGAGUCAAACAUCUUGAUAUAUAUUCCUUUAAAGAAACACAUUACAGGGUUCUGCCUCUUGCCCGGGCAACCCUUGAGUUCGUCUGGCGACCUAAAGCCUCGCAGAUGAAGUCUCCAGCCUCUAAAACUUUGGCGAGGUUCACCCCCUACGGAGAAAACAUUUUGCUGGAUUAGUUCAAAUAAAAUGUCUUCAAGGUGUCUUUGUAUGAAUGCUGUUCAUUCAUUUGAAAGAAUGUGUGCAAUAGAUGAAAACUAAAGUGUAGUGAAACAUCCCACCAGCAGGGGUAAGGGUUGUUAUACAAAUUGUCCCUGACAGAGGCAUGCAAAGCUGUGGGCCUGUGCAAGUUGCGUAAAACCAAUGAUAUUAUAAAAUAAACAUUUACCAGGCA